GAAUCCGAUAGCAAAUAAUUUUCUUCGAACUCUGAACAAUUUUAUUUAUGAAUAGGAAAGUCCGGCAAGAUACUAAACAAAGCAUUGCACCAAAUUUGAGGGAUGUAGCUGUGCUAGAAAGAACCCAGUCGCGUUUUUAAUUUUCCAUACAUUUGUCUCUUUUUUGCGCGCGGUGGCGCGUACUUUUAAACCGAGUGAAAGUUUGUGGAGACGGCUUUCAACCAAAUCGUGAUAAGGGCUACUUCUAAUCAAAACGUAACCGUUUUGUGUCUCGCAUGGUCGGGGGGUAUUAUAUUAGGUACGAUGAUUGCCAGACUUGUAAGUCUACGUAAACUUCGUCUCCAGUAUAAAUCGGGCCAUUAAUAAGACUGUGUUUCUUGACGUUUGGAAAAAUGAUUUUCUUUGAGAGUCCAUCACAAAUGAGCCUGAAAUAGUUCCCGCGAGAGUGCGCGCGUGUAAAACGCGCGAGUCAUCGCAACAACUCUUAAUGUUGGUGCCCAGUUCUCUCCAGCUGACAUCCUUUACGCGGUCACAUCGUGGCAAUAUGGCGGAUGAUCGUUAGCAACUUUCGUAUCGGUCUAAAACUCCUUUUAUUUCUUUGUUCAUAUAUAGUUUCGAAGAUGGCCCGACAAAGGAGAGGGAAACAUAGUUUGGAUUCUUCAAAAGAUCACGGAGAUAGAACUAAAUUCCCUCGCCGUCGAGGAAAGGAAUCUUCUUUCAAACCAUUUCUGAUGGUGGCAGCUGUGCUUGGAGUUCCAUUGUGUUUACUCGGAGCAUAUAAACUCUGGAAUUACAGAUUAUCUGCACGUCUUUACACGCCACUUAAUGCACCGUUAGUUAUAAACAAGACUGAAAUGGAUAUGAGCCGAUUCUGGGGGACUUAUCGUUCAAAUUUGUAUUUUGGUCUAAGAACAAGGAGCCCUAAGUCCCUCAUGACAGGUCUCAUGUGGUUCCCUCAAUAUGCACCUAAUGGUCAACUAGCCAUUCGCCACACCUGUGAACAAUCUGAUGGGCUUCGUAAAUAUGGCUGGCUUAAACAUGAUGGUACUAAUUUUGGCUCACAAGAGAUAGUUGACAAGGAUUUUGUAUUGACAACAGAUUUUGUAAAGAAAUUGGGUGGAGAUCACGGAGGAGACUGGACCGCAAGGAUCUCUGGAAAGGAAAUGGGCAACCCCAAGCAAGUGGUAUCCUUGCUGUUUUAUGCUACUCAUGAAGGAGACUCUCAACUGCAGCCCGUCAUUCAAAAGAACACGCUCACUGCACUGCAAGGGAACUCGCCAGAGCUUGGUUCAUUCGCGCUACACUUCCCGCGACCUCCCAAAGUCGUGUUUUCCUCUUUCCUGGCUGCUCACACACCGCACGUGCACUCUGUCAAGGAUAUCGUCAUGCAGAACAUGCGCAUGGCAAAACUCAAGGGUAACAAAAACGUGCAGCUGCUUGCCUUGGCUGGCCACGUGACGCAGCGUGACCAGGAGGGGCGAGAGUUACCGGUAAACUUCUUUGUCCAGCAAUGGACCCUGGAGCUUCCAUUUGACGUGGAGGUCGCAUUCGAGUCUGGAAGUUUUAUAACCAGAGGAGAAAGGCUGUUGGGGCCGUCGUUCUUGAAUCUUAGAGACAAAUACAGCUCUGAGUUUGAAAGAAAGUUUGAAGAGAGGUUUACGUUGAAGGCGAAAGGGUUUAGCAAUGACGAGGUCCAGUUCGCGCAGGCAGCGCUGAGUAACAUGGUUGGAGGUAUUGGCUAUUUCUAUGGCAGCUCGAGAGUAGUUUCUCGUUACUUCAAGGAACCAACAGAUUACUGGGAUAGCGCGUUGUACACUGCGGUUCCUUCGCGACCGUUCUUUCCACGUGGGUUCCUCUGGGAUGAAGGCUUCCAUCAACUACUCAUCAGCCAGUGGGACACUAAUAUCAGCAAGGAUAUCAUUGGUCAUUGGUUGGAUUUGAUCAACAUCGAAGGUUGGAUUCCAAGAGAACAGAUUCUUGGCGAUGAAGCUCGGACGAAAGUACCUGCGGAUUUUGUUGUGCAACACAACGAAAACGCUAACCCGCCAACUUUGAUCCUUCCAAUCAAGUCGAUGGUGGAUAAAGGCGUCUUGGAUGAAGGGUAUCUACGAAAGAUCUUUCCUCGACUGAAGGCUUGGUUCAACUGGUUUAACACCACACAACUAGGAAACCUGCCGUCAACGUACAGAUGGCACGGAAGGGAUGCGAAGACUGACACAGAGCUGAACCCUAAGACGCUGACUUCCGGACUGGAUGACUACCCCCGGGCGUCACACCCGUCAGAUGAUGAGAGGCAUGUUGAUCUGCGAUGCUGGAUGGCAUUCGCUGCUGGGCUGAUGGCCGACAUUGCUGAAGCAGUGGAUCAAACGUCGGAUGCUGUCUUGUACAGAUCCACCAAUCUCUAUUUGUCAGACAACGCACUCCUGGACAAGUAUCAUUGGUCUUCCAAGGCAGAGUCGUACAGCGAUUAUGGGAAUCAUACCAAGUUUGUGAAGCUUGUUCAGCGAGUAGUCCAGCCAGCUCAACCGGGCGCACCAAAGAAGACGGUUCGCAUUGUAACCUCUAAGCAGGGCCCUUCUCUCAAGUACGUCAACGCGGUCGGUUACGUCAGCUUGUUUCCAUUCCUGCUGCAGAUCCUGGAUCCCGCCUCGCCGAAACUCGAAAAAGUCCUCAAGGAUUUAAAAGACCGCGAAAAGCUAUGGAGCGAGUUCGGUUUGCGGUCUUUGGCCAAGAUUGAUCCGAUCUACGAGAAGUAUAACACAGAACACGACGCUCCUUACUGGAGAGGGGCCGUGUGGAUCAACAUUAACUUCCUGGCUGUCAGAGCGCUGAACCACUACGCCAGUGCUCCGGGGCCUUACCAAAGCACAGCUCAAGCGAUUUACACAGAUCUACGGCAAAAUUUAAUCAAGAACAUCUUUAGCGAGUAUCAGAGGUCAGGGUUCAUUUGGGAACAGUAUGAUGACGAUGCUGGACACGGCAAAGGAUCGCAUCCAUUCACUGGAUGGUCCUCAUUAGUGGUACUCAUGAUGUCGGAACAUUUUUAAAAAUUACUCACGCUAGGCCGGCUUAAAACACUUAUUAAAAUAUAGAAAAGUGACUCGGUCUUGGAAACUGAUUCUUGGUCAUGACUAGAGUGGACGCUCCAAAAGGACGUGUCACAAGGCUACCACCGAAACAAAGCAAGGAGCCAUAAUGAGCUGAAUAUCGAUGUCACCAUCCCAGGACUCGCCAAAAGUGUCGUCGUCCAGGACAAGUAGAUUUUCUUGCCGUGCAAGUAACUUUUCAUUCUCACUUACCCAAUGGGCAAGGGAUCUUAGCAUCAAAUUAAGACUUGCCCAGCACAAGCAAAAUUUGAGAGCUACUUCUCCGUAUGGAAAACUGGAAUUAACGACUUUUUUCGAGUCCUACAUCCCAUACAUGAUGAUCGAUUCCAGUGUUCCCUCUGACACUGUACCUAAUCCGAACGGGUUUGCAGGUUCUUUAGGGCGUCAACGUCAAAGAAAUUACGGUCGAAGCUCUACUGAGGGCUGCCUCUACACCAUACUCAACGACCGGGAUAUUUCGUUCGGCCGUAUGCUCCUUCAUACAUUGUACUGUCAUCGAAACCUCCCUACUGCUGCCACCCCAGUUUAUGCCACCUCAGAGUGUCCGUUGUGGAGAGGCCAACUACUAACCUCGUUCCCAGGGCUUUUUCGAAUUUCUUAGGGAAAAGCCCUGGGAACAAAGUUGAACAACAAACAAAUAACAAAUCCUUGUUUCUUUUCAAUUUACGUUUAGCCUUAUAGUUAGUGGAUAUAUUUGACUCGUAAAUUAAUUAAGAAAUGAAAAUAAAUUUAACUUGUCACGUGGUUUUACGACACAUGGGUAGAACGGUGUUUCUGUAGUUUAUAGGUUCUUGGGCAAGAUCUUGGGCACGAAAUUACGUUCACAGUGUCUCUCCCAAAUUUAAUGUAUAUGAAUUGGUACAGGAGGAUGUCGGUGUAAUCUGACAAAAUGAUAUUCUAGGAGAAGGCGGUUGUGUUGUAGGGGUGGGAGGAUUAAUUAAAGCUUGUGUUUAUUCACAUCCCAUUCAGGGACUACAGCAAUACUUCCAAGUACAUAAAUAAACCACACAACUACACUGGUGAAAAGGGGAAAGUAAUGCCAUAUAAUUGCACAAAGUGUGAUUGUGUGGGGAUCUUGUGCCCUAAGUGCGAUUGUCGGCAUGUCCGAAUACGCGCUAGAGGAAACCUCUACAUAGAGUCUGAAAAUUUUGGAUAAUCUUAAAAAGCAGUCGGGAUGUAUGCAGAAAGCGGGAAAGUUAAUUCUUUGUUUGCGAUGUAUGAAGCAUUAGUUCCCUUUCAGACCAAUGUUAAAGGAAAUGUUUAUAUGCUUUUAUAAGGUAAGAUAGCUUCUAAAAAAACAUACCCAAUUCAAAACUAGAGUGCAAAAACCAUACUCAAUUUGAGAACAAAAUGACCAAUAUCGAUACCCUAUUUCUACCCAAAAGGGUUAAAAACCAUACCCUCUGGGGCCGCACAUACCUAUAUAGCCCAUAUAAGGGAGUAGCCAACCCCCCAGGGAGGAAAACACAGGUUAAGGAGGGUAUCUUGCUAAUGACCAGCAAUUGACAACUUUCUUGUGUAAACAAAUACUUCCCAUCGACUGCAAUAACUUGGGGGGCGCGGUGACCUCAUGUUAGGGCGCUGGACUCCAGGGGUAAUUGUGUUGUGUUCUUGGGCUAAGACAUCUUACCCUUCUGCUAUAGAAAACUAUAACUCCUGAAUGCGUAGCUUGUUCUCCUCUCUGGCGGGUGACUAAGUAUUGUCAGCCCUAACCUCCAGGUUUGUUUGUCGGGCAGAAAGCCGGUUUUUAUUACCCUCCAAACCUAUUAGAUAUACGUGCAAGUCAUGCAUUGAUCAACGAAGCUCCCGCAAAGAGGAUGACACUAACUUUGGAACGGGGUGGAACUUUUAAAAGGUGUGGCGGGUUAAUGUUUUCUACAGAAUGUACUGACUGCGAUUCCUAUUAUUUCUCUGGCUGGUAAAGAACCCCUGUCGUCACAAGCAGGCUCAUGAAGGGAUGCAUUUUUCUUACUCUGCCUUUCCAGUAAGUUGAAGUAGUCUGUCUUAGGGAGAUUUUCCCGUGAUGUUCGUACAAUGGACCAAUUUCGAUAUAUUAAAAUUCAGCCUGAAACAAUAUACCUCAGCACGAGGCUCUGGGGAAUAAAGCCCACAAACUCUGUAUUUAUUCCUCAGAGCCUCGUCCUGACGUCUAUUGUUUCAGGCUGAAUUUUAAUAUAUCGAAAUUGGUCUAUUGUACAACGUGGUCUAAUCAAUCAAGAAGAUACAAAUCAAAACGGGAAACAUUUUUAUUAGUUAACCUUGCAUCCGAAUUACAUAUAGUCAACUCUAUGAGCAGAAUACUGCAAAGUAGUGACAACGUUUGUUCGACACUCCCCGAGAAGUAGCAGAUCAUAUGUACACGUUUGCAUAUUCUCAGCUUUUUCUACUCCAGUACGAAACAAAUGUUUCCUUUCUUGCACUGUGACUUUGGCUGCUGAUAUCUCGUUAUUUCUUUGAGCUGUGAGCAAUAUACUUAAUGAAUAACUAAAUAUUCUUCACGAAUAACUAAAUUUGGUUCAAGUUUUACAAGGGCAAUAAGAAAAGCGCUCUAAAGCGGAAGCGACGGCACAUCUGUAACCAAGUUCUGCAAAUAUUUCCCUCAAAACUACUU